AGAAGCGUUACAUUAAAGUCCUCAAAUAUUUCCUCUUUUACUUUAGAGAAUCAGAACCCCUGCUCCCCGCCGGCUAGCUCCCUCUGUUUCACUACUCGCCCUCUCUGCUUCACCCACUGCCUUCUGCUUCGUGGUUGCUGCUCGAUUCCGCCGUUGCUCGUCGUGGUUCUGGUUUUCGGUUCUAUUAUUCUGUUCUGGUUUUCGUUCUUCUUCAGGCAUCAUCCCCUGUUAUCCACUGCUGUUGAGAGGGAGAGAAUCAGAGACUUUGCUGGGAUCAGAUGUGUUGUCAAUCUGUGGGAAGCUUUGUAGUUUGCAUGAAUUGAAUAAGAUGGUUCCCUAAGUCAUGGUGUUCUGUGGUGUCUUGUAUGAUUCGAAAUGCUAAGAUGAUGGUGAUGAGCAGAGAUGCUCAGGAAAUUCUUGUUUAGGUAAUCUGGAUGCAUAAAAUUGGGACUACAUACCAAGCCAAAGCUCCACGGCCUUGAAGAGCACAAGAAAAACCUAGCUCUUUCUUGAUCAUCUGUGAUGGCUUCAGCCUCAGUUUUUCUCAAGCCUUUUGUUACUCAAGUGGCUAUUGAUCUCCAAGCUAAGAGCACAACUGCUGGAAAUAUGUGGGAGAGCUUGGGAUUUUACGAGUCAGCAAAUUUGAAGUCAAACCGACUGAUUUGUGCAAAGGGGUUCAGACUGAGUUGUUCACUUGAUAGAGAAAUGGCUGUGGGCGCAUCGGCUUUGGUGGACAGUAUUGCGGAGUGCUCAAAAGAACAGUCCUGUGAGCCUGGUCUUUCUACAGUUUUAAUGAAUUUUGAUAAUGAGUUUGAUCCUUAUGAAGCGGUCAGUACACCAAUUUACCAAACUGCUACUUUUAAGCAGCCUUCUGCAACAGAAAAUGGCCCCUACGAUUAUACUAGAAGUGGAAAUCCUACCCGAGAUGCUUUAGAAAGGUUACUGGCAAAGCUUGACAAAGCAGAUAGAGCCUUUUGCUUCGGUAGUGGAAUGGCUGCUUUGAGUGCCGUUUGUCAACUUUUUAAAUCUGGUGAUGAAAUUGUUGCUGGAGAUGACAUCUAUGGAGGUUCAGAUAGACUACUGUCCCGUGUAAUUCCAAAGUCCGGAGUUGUGGUGAAACGAGUAAAUACAAGUGAUCUAGAGGAGGUAGCCUCUGUUAUUGGACCUUGGACUAAGUUAGUGUGGCUGGAGAGUCCUACCAAUCCUCGGUUACAAAUAUCUGAUAUUCGAAAAAUAGCAGAGAUGGCUCAUGCACAUGGUGCUCUUGUAUUGGUGGACAAUAGUAUAAUGUCUCCUGUAUUAUGCCAACCCUUGGAACUUGGGGCAGAUAUUGUUAUGCAUUCAGCUACCAAAUUUAUUGGUGGACAUAGUUAUCUCAUGGCUGGUGUCAUUGCUGUGAAAGGCGAAAGUUUGGCAAAAGAGAUGUAUUUUUUACAAAAUGCAGUGGGUUCGGGCUUAGCUCCAUUCGAAUGUUGGCUCUGUUUGCAAGGAAUGAAAACAAUGGAGCUGCGAGUUGAGAAGCAACAGGUGCCUUAUGAGACAUUAAGUUACUGGUCGAUACUUUCUAGUCUAAGGAAUGUUUGAAUGUAUUAUUGGAUUAUCUGAAUAUACUACAACUGUUUUCCUUCUAAUUUAUUCACUUUGAGUACAAUCUAUUUGAUAAAUUGAUUAGUUUACCUGGCCACAUUUUCCCUGAUGAUAAGCAAUU